AUGACCGAACUACUCACCCCACCGGGUCCGCAAAGCCCACGAAGCCUGAAUACAACUCUGAUGAUACAAUUGGCGAGGAAGAUCACUGAAGAGACGGAGAAGCUUGACCAAUAUUUCAGAAGUAGUGGCCUUCCCGACCUGGGGUUUGGUGUUGACAGCCCUGGAGAUCUCCCCAAGUUGCCAGAUGAUAUACAGAAAAGCCGCCUGGAGAUCUCGUCCGCAACCAAAGAGUUGGAGCUUCUUGUCAGAGGGCCCAGAGAAACUGUUAGAUGGAGUAUCUGGAAUUACUUGGAUACUGUGAGCCUUCAAAUCCUCAACAGCUAUGGAAUUCCUAAUCUCGUGCCUUUGGACAAACCUAUUGCCCUGACCGAGCUUCAAGCCAAAACUACGGCCCCCAUCAGUCUUGUAAACCUCGCCCGCAUUCUUCGCCAUGCUAUUACAAACAAGAUCUUCCAAGAACCAAUGCCAGGUUUUAUAGCACACACUGCUGCCUCAAAAGUACUUGCUCAAGACUCCAACCUUCAAGCUUGGGUUGGCUUGAACGGAGAGGAUUUCUUGCCUGCCGGAGCCCAUACUCUGGAAGCUAUCCGCGCCGACCCAGAGGCAACAUCGCUCACCAGAACUGGCUUCAACCAUGCUUGGGGGACAGUGGAUAAAGAGCCCAUGUUUGCAACAUUUGGCAAGGAUCCCUCCCGAGGAGAGAGAUUUGCGGUGGCCAUGGCGAGCUUGACUGGUGGCGAGGGUUACGAAGUUAGUUACCUGGUUGACAACUACGAUUUUUCAGAGGUGAACGACAGACAAGGUACAUUGGUGGAUAUCGGCGGUAGCCAUGGGUUUGUGUGCGUCGAUCUGGCCAGGAAAUGGAGAAAAAUGAAGUUUGUUGUACAAGAUUUGCCCAAGACUAUCAGCAGCGUGCCGGAACCAAUAUGCGCGGACGAGGCAGUAGCUCAGCGUAUAUCGCUCCAAGCCCAUGAUUUCUUCACUGAACAGCCUGUUAAGGAUGCUGACGUCUAUUACUUCCGUUGGAUCCUGCAUAACCUCUCUAGUCCUUAUGCCGUUAAGAUUCUCAAGAAUCUAGUACCAGCUCUCAAACCUGGUGCGAGAGUCAUUAUUAAUGACCAUUGUCUCCGUGAACCCGGCAUCGAGAACCACUGGGAUGAAAAGAUCAUGCGAAGCAUGGAUCUGCUCAUGCUGACCUUAUUAAAUGCCCAGGAGCGGACAGAGAAGGAAUUUGAACAGCUGUUCAUGGCGGCUGAUGAGCGUUUCAUCUUCAAGGGUGUGACAAGACCCGAGGGGUGCAGGAUGAGUAUUGUUGAGGCAGUCUGGCAGCCUUGA